AUGCGACGGAUAUCACCGCCAACUUCGACCUUGGACUCUCCAGAACAGACGCUAAAGGACAUGAUAUCUGCUCUCGAUAUAAUGCAAGGCAGCUAUUUCCAGCAAUGGCUUGGAACUUGGCCCGAUGCAAUCGACUGGACGGCUGCCGUUAUAGGCACUCAAGUAUGGGGCGCCUUGUCGGCAUUGACCUCUACUGCUCCAGACCUGGACUUGUAUUCUUCAGAAACCGGGUUUUUGUUUGAGGAGACACUAGCACAUGAGAAUCUGAUCAAUCGCUUUUUUGACCAGGUUUCUGCGUUUUACUUUGGAGAGAAUGCAUUCAGUCUUCGCAUGCAAGCCUUUGACGACAUGCUCUGGGUUGUUCUUGGUUGGUUGGAGAGUAUCAAGUUUCAGAAUCUACACUCCGAACUACAUUAUGACUCGAGGAACUUUACCACAUUUCAAAGGUCAUGGCACGGAACACAGCUACGAGUACCUGCGGCGCAUCGAGCUCGAGUGUUUUAUGAAUUGGCUUCCACCGGAUGGGACAGCGACCUCUGUGGUGGCGGAAUGAUAUGGAAUCCAUAUUUACUUCCGUAUAAGAAUGCCAUUACCAAUGAACUAUUUAUCUCCGCGAGUAUUGGGAUGUACUUGUACUUCACGGGCGAUCCUAUUGGCUCGCCUUUUCUAUCUUCAGGGAACUGUCAGGUACAUGACCCCAACCAUCUAGCAGCAGCAGUACGUGGUUAUCAGUGGUUGAAAGACUCAAACAUGACCGGGUUUGGCGGCCUCUAUGCGGACGGAUUUCAUAUCAGCGGAUACCGAGGUAUUGGCAACCCUGGAUCUAAGAAAUGCGACGAACUCAAUACAAUGGUUUACACUUAUAACCAAGGCGUCAUUUUGAGCGGGUUGAGAGGUCUGUGGUUAGCUACAGCCGAGCAGGAAUAUCUCGACGACGGGCAUGAGUUAGUAGAACGAGUGAUUAGGGCUACUGGAUGGUAUGACACAGAUGAACGUCGCUGGACUGGCCUAGGGAGAGACGGUGUACUCGAAGAAAUAUGUGACGCGCACGGCGAUUGUUCGCAAGAUGGUCAAACUUUUAAAGGGAUAUUCUUCCACCACCUUGCUGAAUUCUGCCAUUUCCUUAGACCAGAAGAAGAGAGAUUUCUGCUAGAGAGCACAACUAUCGAAACAUCGCCAGACAAACGACGGGAAUUAUUCAAUGAGUGGCAUUUAGACCGAUGCGCAAGCUACAGAUCGUGGAUUGCUCAUAAUGCUCGAGCGGCUUUGGCAACGAGAAAUGAGAAGGGCAAAUUUGGCAUGUGGUGGGGUCGCUUGCACCCUACGAGAAGUGCAGCAGGUCUGGAUUCAUCAUUACCAUACGGGGCUUUAGAUUACAGUAAUUUCGGACAGAGGGGGAAGGGGUCAGAUCGGCUGGUCGGAUUGCUUAAAGAAAUACAAACAGAUCUGACAAAGCAGGCUGGACCCGACGAAGGCAUGGCAACAAAAAUGGACUCAACACUGCUCCGUAACCAGGAUGAUGCGAGUCAGAGCAGGACGAUGCGCGAUGUUAAUGACCGUGGCCGAGGCCGGACUGUGGAGACACAAUCCGGGGGUCUGGCAGUGGUGCGAGCUUGGUAUCAAUGGCAAACAUCACCGUUCCUCGUUGAGAGUAGGUGA